AUGCCCAGUAACAGGGUGCGUACGCGCAAGAACGCUGCGUCCGAUGUAAAUAGUGACCUUAAAGGAGCAAAAUAUAUCCUGAAGGAUGGCGAACUCGUGCCGUCAGGAGAUGAGCACUCUGAUGGCCCCGCUGAUAAUGAUGACGAUGAGAUGCAACUAGCUGAAAUUCAAGACGCCAAUCAGCCGCACCGCAACAAACGGAAGCAAACAUUCGAGAGACGAAAUAUAAAUGAGGAAGCACAGUCAGCUCAGCGUGCUGAAAUGGAGCGGCGGAAGCGAUUACAGGACAAAGAACAAGCUCCAGCCUCAAACAGCAGUGCCGUCACAACUUCUGAAGGCGAAGCCGGAAGCGUCACCGAAGAAGACUUCACCAGCAAGCUCAAAUCCCUCUCCACAGACUCUCUCUCAGCGGAACCAGCCAAAACACCAGUGGAUUUUGGACUUUCUUCUGAUGUCGCUGCGUUCAACAAUGGGAUUGACGCUCACUCUCCUCCCUCCCCUUCUUCCUCUUCAACCGGUCUACUGACGCAGUCUAGUGCAGAGAACAAGCCUUCUCCCGCCGCCGUGCCCUCUGCUUCUGCCUCCCUCUUCAAAUCCUACUCUCGGUCUAGGCCUGACCACAAAUCAAGCCUCCAUGAGCCAAAAAGUACCGGUGAUUCCCAAGACAAUGCAAUCCUCCUCGGCGACUCGGAUGACGAUGUCGACAUGGUGCGGUGGGGCAGUGCUUUUGCGCUUUUUGGGAUCGAUGGAGCACAUACUGUUGGAUCUAGUUCCAUUGACAAUGCCACGAAAGUUUUUCCGACUUGGAGUUUUCGGUUCUUGAGCAGUACAAAAAGUAUCUGGAACUUUGCUAUGAUUACAGAGGCCCAGGCCACCACGCGACCUGUUUACUUCUUGAAAACACUUUGUGGAGCUCGGAACUUUUCUUCUACCACCCUACGUCAAGCUUAA